AUGUCAGGCCCCACUAUCAAAUUACUCACAAAUCCAAACGACGAGCAACUCGACGCAGUGGCGAGCCUCUUCGUUCGUGCUUUCGACCAUGAUCUCCCCGUCAAAUCGAUGACGGGCGGGAACCCCGCCUUCGAGGCACCGCUCUUCCGUGCGGUCGCGCGCGCUGGUAUCGCAGACGGUGCAGUGUACGUCGUCGAAAGCGAGGACACGAAUGCGGGAUCGACCAAUGCGGAGAUCCACUCGGUCCUCGUGUGUUUCGGGCCUGGAAAGACGAUGUCCGCUGACGCGGAAUCUUCCGGAGCGUCGGGGUGGGUAUCUCUCUUCGAAAAGAUGCCGGGAGCGACCAAGGAGUGGUGGGCGAUGUUUCGCACAAAACAUUCAACCGUCGUAAACGCGUAUCUGGGGGACAAAUACACCGACGGCUGGUAUGUCGAGCUCCUGGGCACCGAUCCGACACACCAGAACAAGGGACACGCCACCGCUCUCCUAGCGCACAUCUUUGCCCAGGCGGACGAAGAGGGGAAGACCGUCGCACUGACGACACACUCUCCAAGCAAUGUCAAGUUCUACGGGAAGCUGGGCUUCGAGGUCGUUGACUCGGUCGAGAUCGAGGCGCCAACGGGGGACUGGGUGCAGCACCUACUCGUGCGAGAGCACGCUGCUAGCCGGUAG